AAUCUACCAAGCUACCCUUAUUUAGAAACCUUAAUCAAGUAGGACUCGAGGGCACAUUAGGAAUAAUAAUAAACUAGAUAAGAUUACAAAAAUAUAAAUCCAAUUUAUUUUAGGAUAAAAAGUUUAAUUUCGAAAAGAAAAAAGAAAAUUUAAAAACAAGCAAAAAAACCGGCUCCUUAUAAUAUGCGAAAUAACUGCCUAUAAAUGCCAGAUCAGCACAAUCCUUGUUGGAGCCAGUUUAUUACAAUAAAUCCACUCACAUAGUAAACUCCGGAUUUCGGAAUCCACAACCGUUAGAUUAGAAGUUUUCAAAAUAUUAUGACGAUCAGACGGUGAUAAUACAAUUACAACAUGAUUUUUUCUUUCUUUUGAGGGAAUUGAUGUUGGAGAAAUCAUUUUAUAGAGAGAGGAAAUGAAUUUUUGUGAAUGUGUACGUUUCUAAAAAUCAGUCUAUAUAAUGGUGGUGUAGAAUAUACAGAAAGGCGGAAGGUUAUUUUUUAUAUUAUUAUUUUUAUUUAUCUGGUGAAAGAGCGAAAACAACAUAAAACCACUAAACGGCUAUUGUUGUAUUUGUGGGAGAAGGAGAAACAGAGAUGUUCUUUAUGUCCUAUUUUUAUUUUUCGGAAUUUCUGUUUUAGAAAGGUUUUUUUUUUUGCUCGUCAAAAUUUAUAGCAAUAGUUGUUGCAGAAAUAUAUAGAGAGAUAACAAGGUGUGUGUUCUUUUGAUCUGGGUUUUAGAAAUCAACAACAAUUUGAUUAAGAAACAUGUCUGACGGGUAUUAUAGUUCCAAGAAAACUGAUGAUAUAUGUGAAGAAGUUUGUGGCCAGCAGUCCUCUCGUGCAGCUUUGAGCAUGUCAAGACUGAAAUGUAUCCUGCGAGGAUUGGAUUUCAAGACUUAUAUAUUCUUGUUCCUAAUUAUUCCAUUAGGAAUAUUUGGAUUGUAUUUGCAUGGCCAGAAGAUCUCUUACUUUCUGAGACCAUUAUGGGAAUCUCCUCCGAAGCCUUUUCAUAUAGUUCCUCAUUACUAUCAUGAGAAUGUAUCGAUGGAAUCUCUUUGCAGACUUCAUGGAUGGGGAAUUCGUGAAUCUCCGAGACGGGUUUUUGAUGCUGUUUUAUUCAGCAACGAAGUAGAUAUUCUUACCAUUAGAUGGAAUGAAUUAUAUCCUUACAUAACACAAUUUGUUCUCCUUGAAUCAAACUCAACAUUUACUGGCCUACCCAAAUCUUUGGUUUUUGCACAUAACCGGGACAAAUUUAAAUUUAUAGAGCCUCGUCUGACUUAUGGGACAAUUGGAGGGAGAUUUAGGGAAGGUGAAAACCCCUUUGUUGAAGAGGCUUAUCAGAGAGUAGCACUGGACCAGCUCAUUAGAAUAGCUGGUAUUGAAGAUGAUGAUUUGUUGAUUAUGUCUGAUGUUGAUGAGAUUCCUAGUGCUCACACAAUUAAUCUCUUGAGGUGGUGUGAUGACAUCCCAUCUAUUCUUCAUCUUCAGUUGAGAAAUUACUUGUACUCUUUUGAGUUUUAUCUGGAUAGCAAGAGCUGGCGUGCUUCAGUUCACAGGUAUGUGGCAGGGAAAACUAGAUAUGCACAUUAUCGCCAAGCAGACGAUCUUUUGUCAGAUUCAGGUUGGCACUGUAGCUUUUGCUUUCGCUACAUAAGUGAUUUUAUAUUUAAGAUGAAAGCUUAUAGCCAUUAUGAUCGGGUGAGGUUUUCUCAUUUCUUGAAUCCAAAAAGAGUUCAGGAUGUCAUUUGUAAAGGUACUGAUCUAUUUGAUAUGAUUCCCGAAGAAUACACAUUCAAAGAGAUCAUAGGGAAGAUGGGUCCAAUUCCUCAUUCUUAUUCAGCAGUUCAUCUUCCUUCACAUUUACUGAAUAAUGCUGAUAAGUACAGAUAUCUCUUGCCUGGUAACUGUCAGCGAGAACGUGGCUGAAUUGCUGAAAUUUCUUGGAAAGUGAGGCAUAUUUGUAAAUGUUGGAAGAUGCAUGCUGUGCUUCACACCGAAAAGAGCUGUAUCAGGCACUCCAUGGCAAUGGUGUGGCAGUGGCAUUGGUAUAGGUAGACAUAGAGCUUGUGUUCAACAAAUCCAUGCCAUUCUUUUAGAGAGAUGUUGGGAUGAAAGUUUGUUCCUUUUUCUAGAGGUAACCAAUUUUUGCUGGGGGGGUGGGGGGGGUAGCUUGUUAGAGUAUAGCUUUGCAUGUAUGCCUGCCUCUUGUUGGUACGGCGUACCUCCAAAAUUUAAAUGAUUAAUGAUAUUUUCCCAGUUUUUUUCUAUGAUGGGAAUUUUGGCUUUUCA